GGGAGUGGCGCACUUCUGUUGGAGGGCGGAGGUGGGAUACCCUGAGGGGCGGGACUGAUUGUUGCUUCUGCUGUGCGGCGAGAAGGAGGUGGGUCCUGUCGGAGAGUGGGGAAAGGAGCCGGGGCUGCCUGCUAAGUGCCCGCAAGUGCGUCUGGAGUGGCCGAGGAAGGGGAAGGAUGCACAAAAGGCACGCGGGCGUCGAGGCGGUGUCAGCAUUUACAUGGUUCCAUCUAACUGGGUUGUAAUCAUCUCUUUUGCAGCAAGCAACAUGUUAUCAAAUAGAAAUAAUCUUGCCUACCAAGAUUCUAGUAAGAUGAUGGAAGACUACAGUCAAUUGCAAAGCCAGGUGGAAUUAAAAAAUACUAGUUUAGGAAAGGAGUCAGUGAUGAAUUCUCUUGAAAAUGAUCUCCAGGAUAUAAUGGACAGGCUCAACCAGAAAAAAUAUUCAUCAGCUCUGAAAUUCAAAACAAAUGGUGACUAUUCUGGUUCUUAUUUAACCCUCUCACAGCCUGUGCCACCUAAAUCUAGCCCUGCAUCCAGUGUUAAAAGUAUGCCAUCCGUUACCAAAAUUCAGGGAAGUAAACCAUUGGCUUGUGAGAGCUCUUAUCUUUCAGACAAGAAUGUCUCUGCAAAGCAUAUGGGCUCCAUUUCAGGCACAUCUCCAUCCUUAAGUGGGUACAGCCUAGGAAAGAGAGACUUUGAUAUUUAUGCUAACCGAGAAAAUGAGAAACAGUUUGGCCAUCUGGAUAAGUUUCCCUAUUCAAAGUACAGUCAGAAAAAUAAAUCUCAUGAUAAUGUCUACUUCCCAGGAGUGCUUGAUGGGCGGAAAAACUCUGGAUCGCUUCUUGCCAUGUGGAAUGGAAGCUCAGGGAAUGAAAUCAUUCUUUCACCAGUCGGGAGUUCUGGAGCUGCCAGUAUGCCCUCCAGUCCAAAGCAGGGCAGGAGGAUGAAUAUUCAGGAUCUCCUGUCUCUUCAGUCAAGACCAGCUAAACAGAAGGACACAACCAUGGAAACUCUGGGGUCUAGAACCAGGAAGUAUUCUGGAGGUUCACUGAGCAAUAUGGGAGUUUAUAGCCGUUCGUUACCCAGGCUUUACAAAUCAACAGAAAGCCAGCUCGUUCCACUCAGUUUACCCCCGAGGAGCUCUCUCGGGAACUCCAAAAGAAAAAAGACUAUGGAAAAAGACCUCCUACCUCAAAGUAUGCUGGAUGCUGACAAUUACCUUAAUUUUUCUUCUUAUAUCUCAGGGGUUUCACCAUAUACAAAUUUUGCAUCUGAAACUAAUUCCUACGUGAAUUCAACUCUCAGUGUUCCCGCAAGCCCUCGUAUUGCUCGAAAAAUGCUUUUGGCCUCUUCUUCCUCAUAUGCUUCUGAUGAUUUUGAUAGAGUUGGACUCUCAGGGACAAGCCCCAGCAAUUCCUUUACUCCUGUGGAUUCUGAGAGAUCAUUUGCUGCCAGAAGGAAAGUCUCCAGCAGUUCCAUGGACUUUGAUGAAGCAGAACUGGAAAGCCUCAGACAGACACCUUCCAUACGGGAGAGAAAGAACAGCAUUAGUUCUGUUUCUGGGAGGGAUGACCUAAUGGACUACCACAGGAGGCAGAGGGAAGAGAGGCUUAAAGAGCAGGAGAUGGAACGACUGGAACGUCAGCGGCUGGAGACCAUCCUUAACCUAUGUGCAGAAUAUUCCAAAACUGACAGUGAUCCUGCCACUGUCACAACUGUUGCUGAUGUGCAAAAAAUUAAUAAAGAACUUGAAAAACUUCAGCUUUCUGAUGAAGAUUCUGUAUUUGAAGAUUCUCAGAUGACUCCAGAAACAAGAUUCAAAAACUGCUUGCAAGCAACUGCUAGUGAUUCUGAUUUCUCUGAAUUCAGUGACCUUGGCCAAAAUGCUAUGGGGUUCCUUUCCUCUAGAGGGACCAGAACAAAUAAACUUUUAAAUGACAGCAGGACAAGUUCACCUAUUCCUUCUUCUGCUUUUCUGAAGAAUGUCAAUGAAUCUUCCUAUCUGAGCAUCAUUGCAAAGACACCAGAAUGCAUAAGUGAUGAACAAAGAGCCUUGGAGCUUAAUCAGAUGGAAGAACAGCGUAUUAUAAUACUGAAUAACUUGGAAGAACUUGAACAAAAGAUCAAAGAUUUAAAUGAUCAGAUGGAUGAAUCCUCCAGAGAGAUGGAUAUGGAAUGCGCCCUAUUGGAUGGGGAGCAGAAAUCUGAAACAGCUGAACUUCUCAAGGAGAAGGAGAUACUGGAUCAUUUAAACAGGAAGAUAGCAGAGCUGGAAAGAAAUGUUAUCGGUGAAAAGACCAAGGAAAAAACAAAGCUUGAUGCUGAGAGGGAAAAACUAGAAAAGCUUCAGGAGCUUUACUCCGAGCAGAAGACCCAGCUUGAUAAUUGCCCUGAGUCCAUGAGGGAACAAUUACAGCAGCAACUAAACAGGGAUGCUGACCUGUUGGAGGUAGAAAGCAAACACUUUGAAGAUCUGGAGUUUCAGCAGCUUGAACAUGAAAGCAGGCUAGAUGAGGAGAAAGAGAACUUAACCCAGCAGCUCCUGCGCGAAGUCGCUGAAUAUCAACGCAACAUUGUCACUAGAAAGGAGAAAAUUUCUGCUCUCAAAAAGCAAGCCAAUCAUAUUGUCCAGCAAGCACAAAGGGAGCAAGAUCAUUUUGUCAAAGAGAAGAAUAACCUGCUAGUGAUGUUGCAAAGGGAGAAAGAGAACCUUUGCAACCUAGAAAAGAAAUAUUCUUCACUUUCUGGAGGAAAAGGAUUCCCUCUAAGUCCCAGCAGUCUCAAAGAGGGUUAUAUGAGUGUAAAUGACAUUAGUGAGCCGUAUGGCAAUUCCACGAAUAUAUCCCCUUCCACUCAACCCCCCACUGCUGCUGAUGCUGUUCCCACUGAAUCUUCCACAGCUGACCUGGUGAGCCAGGCACAAAAUAAAGAGCUAAGAUCAUCUCUCUGUUCUGGAUUUGUGUUUCCUCACUCCCUUUCUCCUCGUCCUCUUGCACAACUUUCGCCAGUCCACUGGCCUGAGGUCAGGGCUACAAAUGUAGAGCCUUUUUCUUUACCUGACACACCACCUCCUCUUCCAGCUAAGAAACACCGAAGGCAAUCGCAGCAUUUCCGAAAUCUGGAAGAGAGAAAGAAGCAGCACAAACAAGGCCCAUAUAUGAGUGAUACCUUGCCACGCAAGAAAACAGCAUCUUCUGUUUCACCACAUUUCAGCAGUUCCACUCUUGGACGAAGUGUUAAGGGUCACCUCCCACUUGGACAAAGCAAUAGCUGUGGCAGUGUACUUCCCCACUGUUUAGCAACUAUGACUAAAGAACCAGAAUCAAGGAGAAUACAUAAAGGAGCAGUUAGUCAUUCCAAAAGUGCAAGUGUUAAAGGGUACAACCACCAACAUAUAUGUGAAAAUCAAGGCCAGAAAUCACCUGAGUUCUACAGCAGAACUUCCUCUGAAUCAAAUGUAUAUUUGAACACCUUCCAUUAUCCUGACCAUAGUUUCAAGGACCAUGCCUUUGACACUCUAAGUUUAGACAGCUCUGACAGUAUGGAGACCAGCAUUUCUGCCUGUUCCCCAGAUAAUAUUUCCAGUGCCAGUACUUCAAAUGUUGCAAGAAUAGAAGAGAUGGAAAGACUUUUGAAACAAGCGCAUGCUGAAAAGACACGAUUGCUUGAAUCCAGGGAACGAGAAAUGGAAGCUAAAAAAAGAUUGCUAGAAGAAGAAAAGCGUCGCAGAGAGCAACUAGAAAAAAGGUUGCAAGAAGAAACUAGCCAGCGACAAAAGCUUAUUGAAAAAGAAGUUAAGAUUCGUGAGAAACAAAGAUCACAGUCUCGCCCCUUGACUCGUUAUUUGCCGGUCAGAAAGGAAGAUUUUGAUCUACGUGGUCACAUAGAGACAGCUGGUCACAACAUAGAGACCUGCUACCAUGUCUCACUUACUGAGAAGACGUGCCGAGGCUUUCUUAUUAAAAUGGGAGGGAAAAUUAAGACAUGGAAAAAACGAUGGUUUGUGUUUGAUAGAAACAAGAGAACAUUUUCUUAUUAUGCAGACAAACAUGAAACUAAAUUAAAAGGAGUAAUUUAUUUCCAAGCCAUUGAAGAAGUGUAUUAUGAUCAUCUAAAGAAUGCUUAUAAGAGUCCUAAUCCACUGCUGACUUUCAGUGUUAAGACACAUGACAGAAUAUACUACAUGGUGGCCCCAACACCAGAAGCUAUGCGGAUAUGGAUGGAUGUAAUAGUUACGGGGGCAGAAGGCUACACACACUUCAUGUUAUAGUAAACCAAUGCAAAGGUUCACAGGGCAAAAUGCAAUAAUAGCCCUCACUUCUUGGAGGGGACAAAGCCAUAUUUAGUCAAUUUGACAAACCACAUAAAACAACAGGAACUCAAAGAUCACCUGUCCUUGUGCUCCCAAUUGAAACCCAUGUUGUGCAAGGGGCCAUUAAUGCCAAGAUUUGUUAAUCACUGUCAUCACAGAAGAACAGAAAAGCUGCUUAAAAGAUUGUAGUGCUUCAAAAUGGAUAAUCAGAUCACCACAAGCCUGGCACACAGAUACUAUAUAAAUUUCUUACAAAUCCUACCAUGCAGAACUUACCUAAUAAAAAAUAAAGUCAGUUGUUUAAAACUGUUGAUAUACUCUUCUGUAUGUCAAUGUUAAGAAAUGGAAGCAAAAGAUAUGAUGCCUAUUUUAAUAUACAGAAUUUCUGUACAGUUUUAGUGGGGGGGGUUCCUUAUUGGUACUUCAUAGCAAAUUUUAAAGUGUAAUGUUUUUGUCUUAGUUUAGUACAGAGCCAAAGAUUCACACUGUAUGAUGACAUUUAGCUUUAUGUUAUGCAAGAGUGUUAAAGCUCUUCAUAAAUGCAAAGGAAGUUUCGAAAUAUAGCCAGAGCAUCAUCGUCUUUUGAAAAUAGUGGACUGAAGCUAAAAGAAUUGUAUGUAACAUACAAUCGGCUUUGAGUAUAAUACAACAGAAGUUGAAUAUUUUCCAAAUAAAAAAGGUUUCACCAAGAAAAACUCUUUUUGGAAGACAAUAUCAAGUGAAAAUCUUAUGCUUAUGUUCUGCAUUUCCUUAGUACUUUUAGUUAUUUCAUUGUUUUAAAAUAAAGUCUUCUUUACCUACAUAAUUGAUUUCUUGUUUAGUUCCAGCAGAAACUAGUAUUUUCACUGAAAUUUCCACAAGUUACAAGGUUUGAUUGCAAAAGCCAGCACAGGGGGAAAGCUACAAUAGACAAGAGAUUUAUUCAGAGUAUCUGGACCCUUUUAUAGGGGAUAUAGGAUAGGCCCACAUAUGGGGUGAGAGAAUAAUACCCUUACUCCCAUUGAAAGGAUUCACAGACUCAAUCCUUCCACAUAAGGACCAUGACAGAUUUUAGUGUAACCUGAGUACUCUCUAGAAGUUGGUUGGUUUCCAUGGGCACGGGGAAGAUUAGUUAUCAAGCACAGUCGUUAAAUCUGCUAAGAAUUAUUUAUCCACUGAUGUCAGGAAAAAGUAGGAGCAUUUCUCUCUUUGGCCUCUUUCUCCCAUCCCAUGGCUAGUGGCUGCCAUGUCUGUUUGAUACAUGUCUGAAUAGAAGCCAUGGACACUGCUCUGUAUUAUAAAGGAAGCAGUUGUUCCUGACUCCAUUGUCCACUCCUGUUAUGCUUUUGAUUCUAAACACCCAGAGUGCCAUCACAUUAUUCACAAACAAACAUUCUGUUCCCCAGAUUUGACAUUCUGCUGCAAUAAAUAUAUGAAAAACCAUAAAUAUAUAUUCUGCUGGCUUACAUUUGCCCUAAACGGUGUAUAGUGGAUGGGUGUACUAUUUUCUGUGGCCUAUGGUGUCCAAAGUGUGGCAAACAGUUUAAGACUCAGUGGGUCAGUGACAGUUCAGUAGUAUGGAACCCCGCCCCCGCAAAUCUAAACCCUAAAAUUUUCAUGUAAUCAAGGGAUUACCAUACAUCUCUUGUAAAGAUUAAGUAUUCAUUAAAUGCUGUUUCCAUUUAAAAAUACAUCUUUAGUCUGUGGGUAUUAUAUUUAGAUGAAUAAUUGAAUUUUGAAUUACAAGUCUGUAUUUGAUGUUCUCUCUUAAUAAAUUGACAUUGUAAGUGCCAUAUGUUAUUUCUGUUUAAGUAAAUCAUAGAAACAGAAAACAGCCCACACUUGCAGAAGUGGUAGUUAAUUUUCUUGCAUGACGAAGAGCUGAACAUUUUAUGGUAUGGUGUACCCAAGUAAUGAGAUUACAAUAGUUCACAAAUGCCACACCCUAAAUAUAUUUACUUUAAAGUAAAUCCCAUUAAAACACGUUAGUUGCCAUCUAGAGUAGCCUAAUGUGCAUACUGCUAUCCCACCCCCAGCAGUGAAGAACAGGCAGCCUUGCACUUUUGCACAGCACAAAUACUUUGAGCUUCCCCACACUCCAGAAGUGCUCCUUAGAACUUAAAACAUGUUGCUUGAGCAUCAGCAAUGCGUUUCUGGACAAAGAGCUUCUGGUGCAUGGAUGAACUUCUCAAAGUAUUUGCACUCUUGCACAAAAGCACAAGACUGUCUGCACUUCGGUGUGAGCCCACAGCAGUAUUGAGGGGAUUAGCAGCACCUGUGUUAAGCUGCUCUGGAUAUCAGCCAUUGAAGCUAAGUAUGCUUCGGAUCAGGAUUUAAUACUGUAGUACCUUAAAUUCAGUGAGACUGCUUUGAGUUAAUGAUUUGAGGAAUGCAGUAUAAAUGACACCAGACAGAAAGUGUUCGUGAACUAUAACAAUAUAAAAAACCCCAACAACCCUGGUAUAUAUCUUAUAAAGGCAAUUGGUAAAUAUCAUUUACCAUGUCUGAAGGUAAAUUACUAGAAAUGAAUGGCAUUGGUUUAUAUAAUUCCUAUCAUGUAUUUUGAUUUUAUUUCUAUAUAAUAAUUUUACAGGUUUUCUAAUUUUUUGUAUCUUGCAUGUUGUAAUAACAUUUAAAUAAAUGUUCAAAAAUA